GGUUCGUUCCUCGUGGUGUACAUGCAAGAUAAGAAACAAAACGAGGAUUUGAUCGGCGCUUCUGACCUAAAAACCCCUUCAUUGCCCAUCAUGCCUAACAUUAAGAUCUUUGGUGGCUCUUCUCACCCACAUUUUGCCCGUCUAGUCGUCGACAAGCUUGGUUUUGAUCUUGGAAAAAGCAUCAUGAAGAAGUUUUCUAACAAGGAAACAUGUGUUGAAAUAGCCGAAUCAGUGCGUGGUGAAGAUGUAUAUAUCAUCCAAAGUGGCUGUGGUGAUAUUAAUGAUAACUUGAUGGAACUUCUGAUCAUGAUAAAUGCUUGUAAAAUUGCCUCUGCACAGAGAGUAACUGCUGUUAUCCCAUGCUUUCCUUAUGCAAGACAAGACAAGAAAGAUAAGAGUCGUGCACCUAUAUCUGCUAAGCUGGUAGCAAACAUGUUGUCAGUUGCUGGUGCUGAUCAUAUCAUAACAAUGGACCUCCAUGCUUCACAGAUACAGGGGUUUUUUGACAUCCCUGUCGAUAAUCUUUAUGCCGAACCGGCUGUGUUGAAAUGGAUAAAAGAGAAUGUGAGUGACUGGCAGAAUUCAGUUAUCGUAUCACCAGAUGCUGGCGGUGCAAAGAGAGUAACAUCAAUUGCUGAUCAUUUGAACUGUGGCUUUGCUUUAAUCCAUAAAGAGCGUAAAAUAGCUAACGAAGUAGCAGGCAUGGUUUUGGUUGGUGAUGUGACUGGUAGAACAGCUAUUCUUGUAGAUGACAUGGCUGAUACCUGUGGAACCCUAACUUUAGCAGCUACAAAGUUACAAGAGGCUGGAGCAUCUAAAGUGUUUGCUAUUUGUACACAUGGUAUAUUUUCUGGACCAGCAAUGAAAAGGUUGGAAGCAAGCAGCAUUGAAGCUGUGGCUGUUACCAACACCAUCCCACAAGGAGAAAAAAUGCAGGCCUGCAGUAAAUUAAAG